CUGCCGUGUUACCACGGGACAAAACUCGCCCCGCUCCUCUGGCUGCGCGGGGGCGCCCCUGCCUCAGACACCGCCCCCUGGGCCUGCACCCAGGGAGCGUCCAAGGGUUCCGCUAACGAGCAAGGGGCAGCCUGCGCGACGCCCCGCGCAGCGCAGUAUCUGUCCUCCGUGAGGGCCGCACCGAGUCACGCCUCGCACAGGCCCAGGCAUGAGGCGUUGUGGGGGCUGCCCCCCCCCGGCAAAGCCAGGGGAGACCCCUCUGGGACAGACAACAACGCCGCGCGCAGUGUGACACCUGGGUGCCGUGUUUUGUAAGCACACCCCGGGCCUUCUCCAGCCCUCCCCCCUUGAGCUCCAGGAGGCUACGGGGAGGAAGUCGACGAUGGCCCUUUCCCUCCCCUGGGUGCUCCUCGGUUUUGCUCCUUGGGCCCGACCAGGGACGUGUGGCGAGUGCGCAGGAUACGCGGGAACCGGUCCCUAGCGGCGGCGGCGGCUGCUGUCUGGCGAGAGUCACCAGAAAUCCCCGACAGCGAAGCUCGCAGGGUGGGCUUGGAGGGACCCGCUUCCAGGCCAUUGUCUAAAAUACACGCGCGCUGCACAGCGCCGAGCGACCGAGAGCACCACCCGGACAGCAGCCCGAAGUGCAGCAGCGGGGACAAAGAGCCGGCCCUGGCCCUGGCCCGCAAGAAGCAGCCUCGCUACUGACCGUGGCCACUGCCCCUUUGGGCAGGCACACCUGCGAUCGGUGGUCUCCCAGCAUCUCCAGAGGACAACAAUGAUUUUCUGCACCAUACACGGAGCUGUUGGAACUCCACCCGCCAAGCGCCAUGAACUCUGGCAACGCAGGGGGACAGCUACAUGGAUUAAGAACAAAAAAUCCUGUGUGGCACAUGAAACUAGUAGCUUUGCUGUCCCAUGUUUCCAGUCUUAAAAAGCGUGACGCUAAAUGAGCUUUUGCACCGCGGCAAUAAUUGACGGAUGUAAGUGAAAAAAAGAUGCUGCCGUAAUCCCAGCACGCCUGGUUUUCUCUGUACAAAUCAUACAGCCCCCCAAAAAAGGGAGAUGAAAAAGUUAAAAUAUUCUUUGCUGCGGAAGAUGUAAAACACGUCUAUCACUAUUCAGACAUAGCGGGGGGGGGGGAAGGGGAACGUAGCCAUGUGUGAGUAGCUGUUGAUUGUUUUCUGGUUGAGAGAAGUGAUGAUAAGGUUGGACUAAAGUGUACAUUGCUCGUGUGGGGAUUGCUCGUGUAACCUGCAGCUGUAUGCUAAUGAUAAUAGAAACAAAUCCACUGCCUCCCCCAUUAAACAGCGAGGAGGCAGGGAAGCACACAUCACUGAACAAAUACACUCUCACUAGACAAAUAAAAUACACAUACACACACACACACACACACCAAAAGCAAGAGAGAAAGAAACAAGAAAGGGGCAACCCACUCGCCAGCAUGUGGCUCGGUGUGAAUCUGAGUUAUUUCUCUCCUACUUUUCUUUACAGGGUAUUGGCUGAUCACUCGGUUUUAGGACAUGCUUAUUGAGGAGGCUAAAGGAAAUCAAUGCUGGAUGGCUGUGUGGCACGAUUGAAAGCUACUUGAUUAGACCCCUUGAUUUAGCAUCUGAUGUCAAACAGCAGACAAAAUGCACCAACUGAAUUAAGAUGCAUGAGGCUGCAAAGGAUCAUGUAAAAGAAGUUUGUCCGGCUGAAGAACAAAUUAUAUAUAUAUAUAUGAUACACUAGAAAUGCGUUAUAAUUUUAAUAAAUAACACUGAGGUUGACACACUGUACUAAGUGGUGGUGGCUUCAUUUACCAGAAUAAGCAAUUGUAUUUUCAGUAACUUAACAAAAGUUUUUUUUCUUUUGUAAUUAAAGCUCCCCCUCCCCCCAAAAAGUCAGCCUCCUCACCAGCGCCCAAUCUCUUCAGCUCCAAAAUACAACAAAUCAACAAUUUGCUUUGCUGAUAAAGUGUUUAUUUAAGGUCAGAACUUUUCGAAGAGAUUCUGGACAAGGUAGUGCUGGAUUUUAUGAGCGCUUCAAACUAGAAUAACCAGCUUUUAAACCCUUUAAGCAUCCGCUGCUAAUCAAAAUACCAGCAUGUAUGUUUCUCCUCGAAAUGGCUUCCCAUCACUUCCAGAGGACUCUUCCUUACCAGUAUAUUUAACGUCCUGAUUUUCAGACUCCAGUGGCAAUCUCCUAAAAUGUUUUGUUUGCAAUUACUCCCUUCCCCCAUCCCAGCACCAUUUCAGCAUUUCCUGAGGGGGUGGGAGCUUUUAAGCAAUUCAGAAUCUACAUUUUCUUUCUCUGUCCCCCUCCCCCCCCUUUCUCCAGUUUGCAUAUUGAACCCUCCUGACAUAUUUCUGACCAUUCUUCUCCUUUGUUGCUAUUUUGCUCCAGAACCGCGGGUAAUCCCCCCGAUUUGAGAUGCUGCUCAUUGUCAUGCUGAUGGACAUUUCCAUUUGGCAGAUCUGUGCCCCCCGGAGGAGACACACAAAGGCCAGGCACGUGUCCCUUCCUAUAGAAAACCAUCAGACCGUGAAAAGAGGAGGGGCCAGGCGUGUGCCUUUAGCCGGGAGGGGCCAGAAGUAAAUGGGGGGAAAGAAGGAGGGGGGGGGGAAGAGAAAGGAAAGCGAACGAGAGAAACCCCUCAGGUACAUCUGCUGUACCUAGCAAGCGACCCCGCUGUCCCUGCCCCUUUCUGCGAGCCUGCACCCUCCCACACUCCUCCAAUCCAUAGGAGCCGCAGGAAGCGCUGAUUGGCUCGGGGAUGGAGCAGGAGGCUCGAACAAUGGCAUCCUCUCCCCUUAAAAAGAGUGCAGCGAUCCGGGCAGGGGCAGACGGGACCCAUUUGCGGGGCGCCCACCAGACAACAAGUGCAAAGGGGGACCACCACCAGCAGCAGCAGCGGCGGCGGCACGUCGGGGGUCUGUCCCUCUGCUGCUGAGCCCGGACUGGAUGGCAGAAGUAGGCAGCAAAGCCUGAGGGAGGCAGCCGGCUGGAGCCAGACGCACAAGCCUUUUGCUGCAGAUCCGCGCCUCUUCCGCCGCCCCAAGUGCCUUCCCCGCCGGCCCAGCCGCCAAAGAUGCCCCGGGGGUUCCUGGUGAAAAGGAACCGGAGGGCCACGCCGAUCUCCUACCGGGUCCGCUGCGGCCAGGAGGGCGAGCCCGAGCUGCUGCUGUUCGCCGGCCGCCAGCAGCUCUGCUCCCCACCCCUCCCCUCCGCCGGCCCCGAUCCGGCGGCCCCCACCGCGCCCCGGGAGCCGCCGCCGCUGCCGCCCCCCAAGCCCGUGCAGUUCGGCACCCCCGAGGCCGCGUGUCAGGCGCUGUACAGCCCCACCCGGCCGGUCAGCAAGGAGCACGAGAAGAAAUCCUUGGAGCGCAGCUUCAACCUGGGCUCGCCGGUCUCCGCAGAGUCCUUCCCGGCCCCGGCGGUGCCCAGCACCAUGGACCCGCUGCUCUUCGCCCCGGCCGAGCUCAAACUGUGGGCCUCCUCCUCCAGCCCCGCGCAGACCAGCGGCCCCCAGCGCAGCACCCAGAGCGGCCCCCACAGGGACUCCCACUGCAGCACCCAGGGGCCCCAGAGCGGCACCCACUGCGGCGCCCAGGGCGUGCCCAGCAGCACCCACAGUGACACCCACUGCAGCACCCAGAGCGCCACCCUCUGCAGCGGCCAGGCGAGCGCCGGCACCCGCAGCCUGUCCGCCCUGCUGCCCCCCUCCUCCGCCCGCCCCCAGCCCAAGCGGCCCCCCGCCGGCUCGGAGCCCGGCAAGCACAAGCCCCCGGCCGCUAAGAAAGCCAAAGCCAUCCGCAAGCUGAACUUCGAGGACGAGGUGACCACGUCGCCGGUGCUGGGGCUGAAGAUCAAGGAGGGGCCGGUGGAGCCGCCCCGGGCGCGGGGGGCGGGCGGGCCGGGCCCGCGGCCGCUGGGCGAGUUCAUCUGCCAGCUGUGCAAGGAGGAGUACGCCGACCCCUUCGCGCUGGCGCAGCACAAGUGCUCGCGCAUCGUGCGCGUGGAGUACCGCUGCCCCGAGUGCGACAAGGUCUUCAGCUGCCCGGCCAACCUGGCCUCGCACCGCCGCUGGCACAAGCCGCGGCCGGCCCCCAGCGCCCCGCCGCCGCCGCCCGCCAAGGCGCCCGAGGAGCAGCCGCCGCCCAAGGAGGCCGGAGGCAGCGGCAGCGAGCGGGACACGCCCAGCCCCGGCAGCGGCGGCGGCGGCUCGGAGUCCGGCUCCGAGGAGGGGCUGUACGAAUGCCCCACCUGCGCCCGCCGGUUCCGCCGCCAGGCCUACCUCCGCAAGCACCUGCUGGGCCACGAGCCGGGCCCGGGCCCGGAGCGGCCCGGCCCCGAGGAAAGCCCCAGCCCCGGCCCCGCCAGCGAGUGCCACCUGUGCCCGGUGUGCGGGGAAACCUUCCCCAGCAAGGGCGGCCAGGAGCGGCACCUGCGCCUGCUGCACUCGGCGCAGGUCUUCCCCUGCAAGUACUGCCCGGCCACCUUCUACAGCUCGCCCGGCCUCACCCGCCACAUCAACAAGUGCCACCCCUCGGAGAACCGGCAGGUCAUCCUGCUGCAGCUGCCCGUGCGCCCCGCCUGCUAGGCCGUGCCUUCGCCCCCUCCUGCCCCCCGGGCUGCAGCCGGGCCGCUGCCUCGGACCGGCUUCGCCCUGCAGAGCCGAGCCCCCCACACCCCACUCCUCCUCCAGCGCCUGGUUUAUUUAUAGAUGAAAACAAAGGGGUUGGGGGAGGGGGGAGUAAUCAUAAAAUCCACUUGUGCCAGUGUCUCCUUGGUGGUGAUUCCUCCGUCCUCGCUCCUGUAGCUCAGUCUCUGAAAAGCAGCCCCUCUUUGAUCGCUAGCGGGAUCAAGAUCCCCUUAGGAAGUCUCUGGUUUUCCUCUGCCCCCAUCUCUCUGUGUGCGUAGCCUAGGGGUUGGGUUGGUUGUUGGUUUUAUUUUUUUUAAGUCAAUCUCGAAGAAUAAUGCCUUUAUAUUUCACAGGCUGUAAAUUGAAUUUACCACAUGAUUAGCUUUAUUAUGGCUUGUGAACUGCUGGAAGCUGGCUUUACACCCCACCCCCCUUUUAUGUGAACAAAUAAAACUGCUUCAUUUUGUUUUCUUUAGUAUAGCCACAAAUGCCUUGACUCUACUGUUGAUGGUCUCCAGAAAAUGCUGUAGAAACUGCCUUAAAUAUUACCUGCCAACUUUCUUUUUUUUUGGUUGUUUGUCCCUAGCGAGGUAGAAUCACGAGCUGACUAUAUGUAUAUGUUGAUUUGAGUAAUUGUUAUUUAUUCUUUAUUUAUUUAUAUUAAUUAUGAAGAUUGAUAUUAUUUGAUCGUGAAUAUUUUGAUGCGCUUCCCCCCCCCUUCCUGCCAUUUCACUGUGCAUUUUAGAAGAAGAUCUUGUUCUAAAGGGAUCUGCUAAAAGGUUUUAACUUUUCUACCUAGAAUAACACACAAUCUUGACCAUUUUAUCCUCCUACAAGGGCGCAGACAGCUCUUGUGCAAACCGACAGCUCUUACUUUUAGAUGCAAUCUCUUUUCUACACACAUUAUUUUCUUAACUGUUAGCUAUUUAUAGAAUGCUUCAAUAGAACUGUUUCAACUGUAUAACUAUUUACUAUUCAAAUA